AUGAGGUUUAACUUAGCCAAUACUGUCGCUGGCUUUGCCGUCGAAUUAGAUAUCAACGAUAAAGAUUCCAUCUGUGCAGCAGCAAAAGUCAUAAUGGAUGGUGAGUUGAACUACUACGAAGGAACCAAGAAGGGAGGAGUGGUCGGCAUGUUCGCUCCCCCAAACUACUGGUGGAAUGCUGGUGAAGCAUUUGGUGGCUUGGUCGAUUACUAUACCUUCUGUGACUCAGGCAACCUGUCCUUGGAGAAAUUGAUCUUGGACGGGAUGUUCCAUCAGGCAGGUGAGAACUUCAACUAUAUCCCCUCCAACCAGUCGAUGACUGAGGGUAAUGACGAUCAGGGUGUUUGGGGCUUGGCCACUCUUCAGGCUCUUGAGAGAAACUUCACCGAACCAGAAAACCACAGUUGGUUGUCAUUGUCCCAGGCAAUCUACAACACCAUCAACGCUAGAUGGGACAUGGAAGAGUGUGGAGGUGGUUUGAGAUGGCAGAUCUUCACCUGGAACUCAGGCUACAACUACAAGAACUCCAUUUCCAACGGAUGUUUGUUCAACUUGGCUGCCCGUCUUGCAAGAUACACCGGAAACGACACCUAUGUGGCGACCGCAGAAAAGGUAUGGGACUGGAUGGUUGAAGCUGGAUUCAUGGUGGAAAUCGAUGGCCAGGCCGAGAUUUACGAUGGUGCUCAAAUCACCAAUAACUGCUCUGAAUUCACAAAGACUAAGUGGUCUUACACCUACGGUGUUUUCAUGUCAGGAGCAGCCUACUUAUACAACUUCACUGGUGACGACAAAUGGUUGACAAGAACCGAGGAACUUGUCAAGUCCAGUGGCUAUUUCUUUAACAACUCCAUCAUGUUUGAAAGAUCCUGUGCAGUGGGUAACCAUUGCAAUAAUGAUCAAAGAUCUUUCCGUUCGUUAUUUUCCCGUCUUUUGGCCUUGACUGGGGUUAUUGCUCCUACCACCAGAUCCGACAUGCUUGAAAAUAUCCAAAAGAGUGCUGCUGCCGCUGCCCAGUCUUGUUCGGGUGGUUCUGACGGUGUUACCUGUGGUGAGAACUGGUCUGUCACUGGUUGGGACGGAAUAUUCGGGUUGGGCGAGCAGAUGUCAGCAUUAGAAACAGUACAAGCCCUAUUGGUUUUGGCCCACGACGUCCCACUCCCUCUUUCCGUGGACACUGGAGGAACCUCCAAGAGUGACCCCAAUGCCGGUAUCAACGAUAGUAUUCAAACUAAUAAGAACUUGAUCAAUGUCAAAGGAAAAGACAAGGCCGGUGCCGGCUUCUUGACUGCCAUUGCAUUGGCCAUCAUUUUGGCGGGUGCUGUCUGGAUGGUUUUGUAG